CAGCGCCGCCGCGCUCGGUCCCCCGGGAUCGGGAUCGGGGUCGGCGGCGCGGCCGUGCUCGGGGGGCGGCGGCGGCGGGGUGCUGCGGCACCUGCUGCUGAAGCUGCGGGCCACCGGGCCGCUGACGGUGGCCGAGUACAUGCGGGAGGCGCUCACCAACCCCGGCCAGGGCUACUACACGCGGCGAGGCGGCGUCGGCGGGGACUUCAUCACGGCGCCCGAGGUCAGCCAGCUGCCGGGAGAGGUGAUAGGGCUCUGGUGCCUCAGCGAGUGGAUGGCCGCCGGCAGGCCCGCAGCCAUGCAGCUGGUGGAGCUGGGACCGGGGACGGGCGCGCUCACCGAUGAUAUCCUGCGGGUCUUCAAGCAGCUUGCCUCUUUACUUAGUAAAUGUGACUUGUCCAUUCACCUGGUAGAAGUGAGUCCCAAACUCAGUGAGACCCAAGCACAGAUGCUGACAGGAGGGAAGGUGCAGUCAAACCCUGAGGAUGAAGCUGCUUAUAUGAAAGGCAUCAGCAAGACUGGAAUUCCAGUUUACUGGUACAGAGGCAUUCAAGAUGUACCACAAGGUUACAGCUUUUACAUAGCACAUGAGUUUCUGGAUGCCCUGCCAAUACAUAAGUUUCAGAGAACAGAGAAAGGCUGGCGUGAGGUGUUGGUUGAUAUAGAUCCAGAGGCUCCUGACCAGCUCCGAUUUGUCCUGUCACCAUCCAGUACCCCUGCAACAGAAAACUUUAUUCAGGUGUUUUGAUGUUUGAACUCUGCACUAGCCUGAGGAAACGAGAGAUCACGUGGAAGUAUGUCCCGAGGCCGGUGUCCUCAUUCAGAGGCUUGCCAGUCGCAUCGAAAAGGAUGGUGGGGCCGCACUGAUUGCUGAU